UGCAAGUCCUGGCCAAUCUGAGAGUCUGCAGGGACUGUUCAAGGGAAUCAUAAAGGUCGCUGUUCAGCGCGCUGACACUCAGACAUGUGAGAUUCAUAUGCUGAUUCUCAGGGCUCUGCCUUCCUGUCGCCGUAAGGAGAUUUCCUCUCUGCUGAGCAGGAUUUCGUGUAUCAACAUCCAUUUUAAAUCGUGGACACUAGAACUGCACACAGGAUUCCAGCAGUAGUUGCAUCAGUGCCAAAUACAAAGGCACCUUGAGCAUUUCUGAGCCUGAUUGACACAUCCACCACCUCAUGGCAGCUCUCAACCUCACCCCCUCUGACCCUUCAACAUUCAUCCUAACGGGCAUCCCUGGCCUGGAAUCUGCCCACAUCUGGAUUUCCAUCCCGUUCUUUACGCUCUAUAUUAUCGGCCUGUUGGGAAAUUUCAUGGUUCUGUUUAUUGUAGGCAAAGAGCAGACCCUGCACAAGCCGAUGUACCUGUUGCUCUGCAUGCUGGCGUUCACAGAAAUCGGCACAUCUACCUCUGUUGUGCUGAAGGCCCUUUGUAUAUUUUGGUUUAAUUUGAAAGGUAUUACUUUGGGUGGCUGUCUCACCCAGAUGUUCUUCUUUCAUGCAGGUACUGUGAUGCACUCAGCCAUCCUCGUGACAAUGGCGUUUGAUCGUUACGUUGCCAUAUGUAACCCUCUGAGAUACGCCACCAUCCUCACCAAUGCACGGAUAGCUCAGCUAGGGCUAGUGGGUUUGAUAAGAGCUGUUCUCUUCGUUCUGCCCCUGCCCCUGCUCCUGAGCAGGCAGCCGUUCUGUGCCAACCACAUUAUCCCCCAUACAUUCUGCGACCACAUGACUGUUGCAAAAAUGUCUUGUGGGGACAUCACAGUAAACAGGAUGUAUGGCUUGGUGAUACCAUUUGUAGUCAACAUGUUAGACCUGACACUCAUUGGCCUCUCCUAUGGUCUGAUCAUCAGGGCUGUCCUCAGAAUCUCCUCUAAGAAAGCCCACCGGAAAGCCCUCAACACCUGCACAGCCCACAUCUGUGUGAUGCUGAUGUCCUAUCCUUCCUUCUUCUUCUCCACUCUGACACACCGGUUCGGUCAGGGCAUCGCUCCCCAUGUUCACAUCAUCUUGGCCAACCUCUAUUUCCUCCUCCCCACCAUGCUCAACCCUAUCAUUUAUGGCGUCAAAAGCAAAGAGCUGCUUGAGAAAGUGGGCAAAUACACCUGCAGAAUGUGCUCACCUGGGGACCACUGACUUUAAACCUACGUGACAAGAGGGGGAAAGAAUUCUUCCUUGUUAAUCAAGGGCACUCUGUCCCAGUUUGGCUGACCUCAACAUUGUGGAAGUUUGCAGUCUGAGAAGCUCUUCAAACUUAACAUCACUCCAUCACCAAGCACUGCUCUCUCCGUUGCUGAGUACCCUCUCUCUGACCAUCACCUGAUCUCUUUCAACAUCACCCAUCAGCUCCCAUCUCCGCACAUCCUGUCACUUGUCUUUUCUGUGACUUCCAGACCACCAGAAGACUCUUCAGCUUGCUGAAGCAAGGCGACUUUUCAUUAGACCCUUUGUGAACAGCUU